AGUGUAAUGUCGAGUAUUGGUGGGGGUAGUGAGCCUACCUCUCGUGUCAAACGGGUUGGACUUCGUGUGUCCGCCCGCAUACCAUUAGAUUUCCAUCGUUUUCAAUGAAAAUACAUGUGUACGGUAUUAUCGUAAAGUGAAAAAUAGUUCGUCUCAAUGGUUUUAGCUUACGUUUAUCUAAACAUCAUUGCAAUCGUUUUGGCAACAACUUCCAUUGACCAUUUGCAUAGACAAAGGAAAUAAGAGUCAUCGAGGACUGUCAAAAGCUAGCGCGCGAAGGCCAACUACGUUUCCUUUUAAGAGGCGCGCCAAUUUUCGCGUUUCCUCGUCGUAAGAAGAGAAAGAGAUUGAAGGAGAGAGAGAGAAAGGGGUAGAGAGGUGGAAAGAAGAAGAAAGAAAAGCAAGCUAUAGAGAAAAAGAAGAAAGAAGGGGAAAGAAGAGACGUUCGCGAUCGGUUCAAGGAAAAGUGAAAAAUUAUCGAAAGUGAUAUGUCGGCCCUUGAGAGUGCAUUGGAUGUUCUAUCCAGAGCGGCAACGAUGGUGCAAGAAGGAGGACCAAAGUCAAUGGAUUUGCAUCGUAGACAAAGUAGUACGAGGCGUAAAGAACGCCGAAUGGAUCCUAUUCAAAACGAAGCACUCGACAUGUCUACGAAUAAAACCGCCACUACGACGUACCUCAGACCCAGUGUGAUUAUAUCUUCUACGUCGCAGCCUGUAAGGACAAAUAAUUGGGAUACGAUAAAUAGGUCUCAAUCAUCGUCGACGUCUGACACCGGUAAUGUCAGAAAAACGUGCAGUAUUUAUGAUUCUGCAAUAGACGAACACUUUAAACGAUCGUUAGGUCCAGAAAAAUACGCGGCAGUUUUCCAUGCUACUGGAGCCGAUAAAGAAGUCGGUUUAAGUGUUGACGAUCACUUUGCAAAAUCAUUGGGUGAUAAAUGGACAACAUUGAAGGAACCAGUCGAUGCAAGGACUUCAUCUAAUCACGUUUCAGUUCCCACGAGAGACAUCAAUUCGUUUCCUUCCUUUCACUGUUGCCCUUCUUGCGUUUUCCCCGAUAAAGUUGGGCCACCGUAAUAGAACUUCUUUGCUUUGACUCGUUAUACGGAAGGGUAGAACUGUUAUACAUUACCCGUACACUACAUAUUUUAGAGAAUGAACUUUUCAUAUAGUGUAUAUAGUAGAAUAUUUUGGUAAGUCGCGUAUUUGUUGAAGUUAUUAUUUUCAUUGUUAACGUUCGUGCAAAAGUAAAAAAGUAUUUAUUAAACUUGUCGGUGGACGACUUGUAUAUGUAUUUAUGUAAAUAAUUGCAUAUAUUGUGCAAGCACUUAGUAUAUAUCAAAAUAUAUAUAUUCAAACGUGUAUACACAUACACACACAGAUACGAGCAUGUGCAUACACCUUCACACACAACACAUAACUCUGACAACGAAAAAAGUAGUAUAUAAAAGGAGCACUGCACAAUUAAACGUACAAAUAAUAUACGUUUUUUUCGUCAUUAGAUUAAACCACGAAUCGUAUGUUGGAGAGAUACAAUCUAGAAUAUACAAAAAAACAAUUUAUAUCAGAUAUUGCUCAAAGAUUAAUCACGAUCGCGAUACAAAAUAAUGCUUCGUUAAUAGAUACUGGAGGUUGUAGUUUUCUUCGUGAUACCCACAAACUUCUCGUUUGAACGUCGAAAAUGUAGAUUAUUUAAAAGGAGGAGUACUGAUUUCAAAUGGUGCUAGGAAGUCUGACACAAACCCCAGCACACACAGAAGUCAGUGCUUCUGCCCUUUUAUCCUUUACGAUGUUAUAUCUUCCUCAUAAAGAUAUAUUUUUUCAUAACAACAAUACUUCUUAACGAAAUGACACUCUUCACAAAUUCCAUAUCAUUUCCAUCUUAUGUGGAAAUGACUGAAACGAUAUCGUCGUCGGGUUGCAUAAGAAUAAAUAAAUAAAUAUUCAUUUGAGUAGCUUCUAUAUAGGUGCGUGUUAACGCAGUUAUUUAAAAUGACCAUAAAGCUGUCAAAGCAAUGUGUAUCAAAGCACAUCGUAUACUCGUGUUUGUCGCUUUCAAAUAAAAGCUUUAAGCUCUAUAUACAAUAUUUUUAAAUAUGAUUUGCAUAAGUAAACGGAUAUCGAUGGGUUUAUCUGUAAUUGUUACAUUUGGUAUAAUAUUUUUCAAAAAGAAAAAGAAAAAGAAUUGAAAACUACUGGGAUAUUUAAUAACUGUACAUAUUUACGUUCACGAAGAUUGGAUGAACGCAGACCCGCCGCUUACAUCGACUACAAUGCAACCUUAGAAAUUCUUACCGAAAAGAUCAAAGGGCAUCAAAGUGAUCGAUAGACUUAAUCGAAUCCUCAAAAUAAGAAAGCAAUAUAUAUCGAAUCGACACAAGUACGUGAAGUCUUUUCAAUAAGCAGUCCCAAGUAAUAUUGCAUCGAGAAUUAAGAAAGAAAUCUACAACGUUCCCCAAUUUGAAUCAGCCGCAACCGCGAUAUUUUGCAGUGAUCUACCAAUGAUUCUCAUAAUUUAUUUCCGUCAACUUGGUACAUGCAUAAACCGCAUUCGUAAAUGAGUCUUCACUACGUACAUACCGUCUCCGGUGAUGCAUGCGAUUCGAACUUGGAAUCGAAAGAGAGGAUACAACCGCGAGAAAAAUGAGGACGUGGGGAUGUCAGAGAAUGAAUUUUUUUUGUAUUUUUUUUUAUAUAUAUAUACGAACACGAAGAUAUAGCGGAUGAGCCGAAAAACGACAGAGAGGUGCUUGGAUUUACGUAUCGUCGAUGGGCCCAAACUAACGAGCCAGACUGUCUCAGGAGCGCUCGGAUGGCUUCCUAUAUGCAGGCAGCCUGUUCACUUGCCGUAAAGCAAAAUGGUAACUUAAUAUUAGACUUGAAUAUAAGUACGGUAAUCCCACACCAGAGUCCAAAGUAAGUCUACACCUACCCCGCCCCCUAUACGCGUCUCGUCGUUCUGCCAUCUCUGUUCUCCUCCGCGUCCCUCUUGGACACGAACGCCCUGAAGCGUAAUAAUGUAGCAGGACACUAGAUAUGUCUGUGCUCUUUCUGUCUCUUUUUCUUUUUUUCUUUACGCUAGGUGUAAAUUCCGAUUGCCGCAAAAGCGAAAAGUGUAACGUGCUCGAAUUAAUCUCAUCAAUGACAUAUUAUUACGUUAGGAACGUAUACGAGACGAUCAAAAGAGGCAAGAAUAAUAACAGAGAGCAUGUACGAUUGUUUCUGGUAGGAUUACGAGUAAGGAUACGCGAAUGUGUGCUCUCGCGAAUUCCGCGUUGUUCCGCGCGUGUCGAGGUAAUAAAACCAAUCCAAACGUACUUUGCGACAUCGCGUAUACGUGUGUGUAUAUAUAUGUAUAUAUGUAUAUAGAUAUAUAUACGCGUAUAUAUGAUGGGAUGCGCAAAGCGAAACCACCUGUUAUUGCGUUUCUUCUUUUCGUCCCGCUUUUCCAUUGACUCUUUUUCACUGCUUCUGCGAAGAAACUGACACGGUAAUUAGAGAACGCAAGUUUUAAAUCUUUCUUUUUUUUCUUACAAAAUGAGAGUCAUUCCUUGAUAACGCUGUAACGCGAAGGAUAUUUCAUACCUGUGUUCCUUCGAAAAUAAAAUGAAAAUACGAAAACGUUAGACAUAUAUGAUUGUUUACAUUCUCGUGUUGAAUGUUUUUGUAUAUAUAUUUACCUUCGAAGAUACCUCUUUUCUCCAAAAUGUAUAUAUACGUGUAUAAAUAAAAGUACACGUAAGCGUCCGUGAGUGUUAUUACUCGUGCGGAAGCUCGCCAAUACGCAUCAAACUAUUAUUACUUACGUAGAGGUACUGAUACUACCGUUUGUUCGUUUUAAGUCUCAGGCGUAUCUUGUUUCGGAGCCAGACCCAGCCGACCGCAACUUGGCAUCGUUUUCUCAUUUUAUUCUCUUGCAUUACGCGUCGCAUCGAUGUUAGUGCAAAUUAAUCGAAAAAAAUGUAGAUACUAAGAAAGAACGAAAGACGAGAAGAGAUCGAAAUAGAAAAGUAUUAGGAAAAUGAGGUGAAGUCUUUUGUUUUAAAACGACUCUUAUCGAAGUAUGGAAAAAAACGUUUGUUAGAUCGAUCUGUUGUGUGUAUAGAAAAAAUUCGUAAACAAUUAUGGAAGUAGAAAGAAUACGAGGAACGAUAUCUCGCCAUCGAAUGGGAAUCGCAGUAGAAGUGACGGCGGCGCACGUUGCUCGCCUUGCAUCGAAAUCCCUAAAGUACUCGGUAACGCGAAGAAGCUCCCGAACUUCGAUGCGUCGUAUUCGAAGAGGGUCUGCCAGAUGCGAAUCGAUUUGUUACGAGAGACGACACGUGCCUUUUCUAACGAUCGAUUUUUCGGCUGCUCGACGAAGAUGCUCAACUUUCUCGUCGCUUUCUUGUUUCCUCGUUCGUGAAACGAAGUGUUUUUCGUCGUGUGAAAAUUAAAAUAAAAUCCUUCGAUAAAUUUUAUUCAAAGACGAGAAAGUAGAAGUGCUGUCAAUAGAUAUUAUAUGUAUGUAUGUAUGUAUAUACACAUGUGAAUGCGCGCGCGUGCGUGUGUGUGUGUGUAUCCUUAAAAGAAGUUUUUCCUCUUCAAGGAAUAUUCCAAUACGGAUUUCGUUGUAAAGAUAGAACACAGUUAAGACAGUAAGGUAAACUCGGUUUUCCGCGGUUAUUCGUGGAUGCGCGCGUCUACUUGGCCGUAUAUUCGAAUUCGCGGGAGGCGUUGGCGCGCGCCGUUUAUCGCGUCGUCGCCUCGCGCGCGUCCUGACGCUUCCGAUUUACGAGAACGAGAGACGUUCGAAUAGCGUGGAGCUUAUAACGCUGUGGGACUUCGGACACGACUGAUCGAGUGACCGAGGGGGUAGCAUCGUAGGAAUACCCCUCUUCGUGUCCUUGUGUGUUUCUCGUCUCUCUGUAUAGAAUUACGCCUCUGUCCGUAGACGCGACCGCUUAUUCCAUCCCCACCACUCACCCUUCCUGUACAAACGCGAAGAGGAUGAAGGAAGAGAGUCUCUCUUUCGUUCUCUUUCGCUCUCUUUGCACCCUACAUCCUACCCUUCUUUCCCCCUCUCUUUCUUUCCAUAGACACGCAUAAAGAAAAUGCGCUCGCACGCACGCACGCACGCAUUCAUGCACGCACACACUUGUUUUCUCUCCCUCUCUCUAUCUACAGCUUCCCCUUCUCCCUACAUAAGAACCCUACCAAACCCUCCACCCCCUUCCAGUGACUCCUCGCGUGCGUGAAUCAUGCAUAUCGAUUUUGUUUCGUUGGUACGCCGUUCGGUAUUCGCAUACAUACAUACGUCUCUUUUCGUGUGUACCACGUCGUCCACCCGUUUCCCUCCUCCUUCUCUUCUCUCUUCUCUACUCUCUUCUCAUCUUUUCUCUUCUCUUCUCUUCUCUUCUCGUUUCUUCUCUUCUCAUUCUGCAAAGCCCCGGGGUCCACGCGUUUUCGACCCCCUCUAGUAAGCUAUGCGCGCACGGCAAACGUGCUUACGAUGAAGCAGCAUACUAUUCUUUUUUCGACAAUGCUCCCCAUUCCUUCUCUCUUUCUCUCUCUCUCUGUCUAUCUGCCCCCCUCCAUCAUUACCCUCUUCGUCGCACUGCUCCCCAUCUAUCGAACGUACCCCUCUAGUCGUAGCUCCACUGCCCCUUUUAUUUUACUACCCGGACAAGAUGUCCCCGCGUAAAGCAAAACGUGGUCGAGAGCAGAGAUUCUCUAGAAUAAGAAGCUCAGGGAA